CACUUCCAUUAAGUAGUUCUAAGGAAACAUAAAAGGAAAGAAACUUAUAGAGCUGAAAAGUUUCCCUGUUUCUUCUCCCAAUACCCUUUAGAUCUCUAUAACAUCCAAUAACUUUUCGUCAUGGCUUCAUUCCAUAUCUUUAAGACUUGGGCCAUUGUUGCUCUUGCACUUACCUCCUUUAUGCAACUCACCCUAGGGGAUAUAGCAUGCGAGAACUUAAACGAAGACUCUUGUGCAUUUGCAAUAUCAAGCACGGGGAAGCGUUGCGUGCUAGAGAAACAUCUCCGUAGGAGUGGUGAAGAAGUAUAUAUGUGCGGAACAUCAGAAAUUGAGGCUGAUAAGCUCAAAGAUUGGAUCGAAACCGAUGAAUGCAUUGAGGCAUGUGGCGUCGACAGAAAUGCCCUCGGCAUUUCUUCCGACGCUCUGCUCGAGUCUCGCUUUACCAACAAGCUCUGUUCCUCUGCCUGUUACAAGCACUGCCCUAACAUUAUUGACCUCUACUUCAACCUUGCUGCUGGUGAAGGUGUAUAUCUCCCCAAGUUGUGUGCAGAGCAAAAGAAAAAUGGACGCCGUGAAAUGGCUGAGAUCAGAAGCUCGGGAUUGGUGGCACCAGCACCCGAAUCAGAAGUCAAGCAUCUCAAUUUCGUGAUUGCUCCUGCACUGCCUCCUUUCUAAAUUCAAUAAACUUAUCAAAGUUUGCACUAUAAAGUAUACAGUGGCUUUUAGUUACUAGUAUUAAAAUAAGGACUCUGGGUAGGCCCAGUUAAUAUACUUUUGUAUUGUUGUGUGGUUUGUUACAUUUUCUGUAGUAUUUCACAAGGCAGGUGGAGAAAUGCUUCAGAGAUACACAUCUUGCAAUACAUUCCCCCUGCUCGGCUCAUUUCCCUUUUUUCUUAUAUGGAGUAUUGAUAUGUUUAUUGGCAA